CCAUGCUGCUUUUGAAAUAAUGAAAACAAAUAGAGACGAAGUGAACUUGCGUUGAAAAGAAAUAUAAAGUUUUACCGUGAAAAAAAAGCUUAAAAACACUUAAAUUGAAUGAAAAUAUUAGCUACAUCUUCAGAUCAAUUAUGUUGCAUUUUAAAAAUGCGCUUCUUCUAAGGAAUGUGCUUCGAACAGUGCCGGUUCGACGUUGGUCUACAUUUCCCGUUCAUUUAGAUGACAAAAUAAACCAGGCAUUGGAGAAUGAGCAAUAUAAACCCAAAGCACAUCCGGGGAAAACACGCCUGACACCCAUCGAACUUCCUGAACGAAUUCGAAAAGCGAUACGAAACGCUGUAAAUGAUAAAGAAAUUUCCAACUUAAUCGAGGAGGGUAUGCAGUUGGAUCGUUAUUUAUUUGCCCGCAAAAUACCACUCGAACAAAAAGAAGUUUAUUUGGCAAAAAAAGAUAUUGAAAAGGAGAUUCUACGAAGAGAAGGAGUUCGACAUGUGUCUGAGCUGGAUGGAGUUGAUAAUUCCCGUGCAAAAGAGGGGCUAAAACAAGAAGUGGCAAGCACUUUCCAUCGGAAGAAUUACAACUGGAAACCGAUGGUGUACAGUGAACACACGGCAUGGACGUAUGUAUUUGGUCGUGCGGCCAAGGAAUAUGCAGCGAUCGUGCAUGUCUUCAGCGAAAUUGCAAAACGCGAUCCAAAUUUUGAGCCACGGAGUUUCUUUGAUUUCGGUGCUGGCAUUGGGACGGGCACUUGGGCAGCGUCUGACAUUUGGAAGAAAUCAUUGUACGAAUACUUUUUGGUCGAUGAAUGUGGUGAUAUGAAUGAUUUGUCUGAGAUGAUACUACGCGAUGGCAAUGAGAGUAAAAAUAUGACAUUGAAAAAUGUGUUUUAUCGACAGUUUUUACCCGCUUCAGAUGAGUUCAAAUCGCAUUUAAUAUUGAGUGCAUUCACAUUGAAUGAGUUACCCGAUCUUAAAUCAAGACUCGAUACGCUACUAACCCUUUGGAAAAAAUGCGAUGGUUACAUGGUGCUAAUUGAGAAUGGAUCUAACGCAGGAUUUAAACUGAUUGAAGAGGCCCGAGAUUUUCUAAUUCAACAAGCUCAGAGUGAGAGAUCCGCUUACCUUUUUGCACCGUGCCCGCAUGAAUCAUCGUGCCCAAGAGUGGUGAAAGAUGAUGGAACGCCAUGCAAUUUCGUUGCCAACUAUCGUUCAAUGGACAUCGGCCAAAACAAACAAGAUAACAAAGUUCUGUUUAGCUACGUAGUUUUCAAAAAAGGGUCACGUGAUGAUGAUAAAACGAUCAAUUGGCCGCGAAUGGUACGACCCACGCAAGUGAGAACGCGACACACACGAUGCAAAUUGUGUACACAUCGUGGCAAACUAGAGGAACUAGUUGUGACAAAGGCCAAACAUUCGAAAUUUACUUACCGUUGUGCCCGAAAAAGUGAUUGGGGUGAUCGAAUGCCUAUUGAAUUUGUGGAGAACGAAUGUGAUUCGAAAAACACAUCUGAUUUUAGUGAUGGUGAAAAACAGUAGAUAAGAAGCACAUAAAAAUAAAGAAAAAUCGUUGACAAAUUUUAA